UAGGAGAAAACACGUCAGGACUUUGGAAGCACAGGGAAAGUGGAAACAUGUUGAACUUCGGUAUUUCAGAAAUUUUGUGCGAGGAAAAGACGGUGGUGUUUCAGUCCAUCAGAUCUGCUAGUUGCUCCACUCCAUAGAUGAAGAAAACUGACAAAAGACGAGGAUGGUUUUCGAAUUCCAACAAUGAAUUACUCAGACAUGUUCAGCCCGCAAUGAGUCAGGAAUUUUCUACAGACGCCACUGAGGAACAGAAAGCUGUGGCUCGUGACCACUGGUCAAAAACCGUUGACGACAGUUUAGACAACCAAACCCUGUACGACCGUUACUCCAAGACGGCAAAGGUUUAUGUCGAGGCAACGAGAAUCUUAAACGCCCAGGGUCCAAAGGAACUGGCGAUCACGACUGUCGAACGGUUUCCUAGCAACAGAGAAAAUGUCAGAAUUCUCGAUAUAGCGGCUGGCACUGGGAUGUGUGCAGAACAGCUUCGAAAACAAGGAUUCAAGAAAAUAGACGCUUUGGAUGGAAGCGAGGGGAUGUUGGAAAUAGCCAGAGAGAAAGGGCUAUACGACCGUUACACACUUGGAGAAUUAGGCGACAACACUUUGGAUGCAGCCACAGACACGUACGACGCGAUUACGAUUUGCGCAUUGAACGAAUCGGUUAUGAAGAGACUGCCCAUCAAGGCAUACGAAGAAAUUAUCAGGGUUGUCAAAAAAGGAGGAUAUAUUAUUUGGGUCAGUCACUACCGCGUGUUUACUGAUGCCGACCCCGAACGGGAAGACAUGAUACGACACGUCACGAGUUUGGAAGCAAAGGGAAAAUGGAAACGAGUGGAACUUCGAUUCGUAAGUUCCUCAAUUUUUUCCGAGGAAGUGACGGUGGUAUUUCAGUCCACGAGAUCUGCUAGUUUUUCGGCUGCAUUGAUCUGCAUUCAUGUUUUGUCUGUUCUAUGGCAAUACUAGUAUUUGAAAUAGACAUUUCCUCUGCACGCCCAUAAAUUUACGAUUUGACCAACUGCAUGCUUCAUUCAAGUUCAACACAUUACGGUCACUGAACAAUGACGUCACCUCUUUGUCGCGCAGCUCCAUAUAUAUACCCACAUGUAUCAGUUAUAUUAUAACAGAGCUUUGUUUUAUGCUCAACAUUAUGAACCUUCAAUUGUUAAUCUGCAUGCCUUAUACAAGUCAAGCCUAACUGUAUAGUGCAGUGCAUUGCCGUCAAUAACUGAAACGACUGUGCUUCAAUAAAACAAAUGAAACCUU